AGCCCGCCGGCCCCGCACCCUCCCCUUAGCUUACUUGCUCCCCGAAGGUCACCGGUAAUACGGCGAGGAAGGCUGCCAUCUGGAGCUUAUAAAAGAAUCAUGUCGGCUACUCCAAACUACAUACACCAUUGGUCACAGUUUCCUCGGGGUGUGCGAUCACGUCAACCGCCCCUGCUCUGGCAACUUUCUGCAAUAAGCGACCCAUUUAUCUUGUUGAACUUGCGAUUCUGAGCCUCGCAUAACUCUUCUCCAAAGUUUCUGAAAGUCAACCAACCUACGCAGUCCUGGCCGACAAGCCAACUGACGAACUCGUUAUGGGCAUCGCGGGGGAACUUGAGCCCUUCCCUGAAUUUUCCAGCCCCAGCAAUGAGGGCCCGAGCGAGAAGAAGGACGACGGUACAUACAAGCUCCCCAAUAUCGAUGAACAUAUUCUUCCUGCGGGGGCACAUUGGGGCGACGAGCCCACCGAGGAGGAAAUGCACGGACCGAACAAGCUUCGGCGCAUCAGCGGGCCUAUCAAUUGGGCCACCUACCUCAUCGCAUUCGUAGAGCUGUGCGAACGAUUCUCAUACUACGGUACCACUGCCGUCUUCACCAACUUCAUCCAACGUCCGCUUCCUCCUGGCUCGAUCACGGGCAAGAACCCAACGGGCACGCCUGGUGCACUGGGCCUGGGUACUAACGCAAGUACCGGCUUGACCACCUUCAACUCGUUCUGGGUUUACGUUAUCCCCUUAUUCGGCGCAUAUAUUGCGGAUACGCACUUGGGCCGGUUCAAGACAGUCUGCUGGAGCGUUGCCAUUGCUUUGAUCGGCCACAUCUUAAUGACGAUGUCUGCGAUCCCCUCCGUGAUAAGAAAUACAAACGGCUCGCUGGCGUGCUUCGUUAUUGCACUGAUCAUCAUGGGCCUCGGCACUGGAGGGUUCAAAGCCAACAUCUCCCCGCUCGUUGCAGAGCAGCAUAAAGGACCGGAGACGAUGAUGAUCGUCACUACCAACAAGGGUGAGAGGGUGAUCUUGGAUCCAGCGGUCACUACGGCGAGGAUCUAUCUGUACUUCUAUCUCAUGAUCAAUGUCGGAGCUCUCGUUGGUCAGAUCGGCAUGACCUAUUCCGAGAAGUACGUCGGAUACUGGCUCGCAUACAUGCUUCCAACCAUCAUGUUUUGCCUCUGUCCCAUAGUCCUCGUCAUCGGAAAUAGGAUGUACAUCAAGUCCCCUCCCAAAGGUUCCGUCCUCGGGCAAUCCCUGCGCAUCUGGCGCACCUGUAUGGCUCCCUGCUUCACCUUCUCCCCUUCGCGCUUCCACCAAGCCUAUAACGACCCAGACUUCUGGAAUCGUGCAAAACUGGGAUACUAUAUGAAGUCACAUGGUAGGGACAGGCCAAAGUGGCUUACUUGGGACGACGAAUUCGUCGACGAGGUGAUGAGGGGCCUCAAGGCGUGCGCGGUGUUCUUGUUCUACCCACUUUACUGGAUUUCCUAUAACCAAUUGAAUAACAACUUGACCUCGCAAGCCGCCACCAUGACCACCAAUGGGUUCCCGAAUGAUGUCAUCAACAACCUUGACCCGCUCGCUUUGAUUAUUUUCAUCCCCAUCUGUGACAUGUUUGUCUAUCCAGGUCUCCGUCGUAUCGGUAUCAACUUCAGCCCGAUCAAGCGUAUCUUUACCGGGUUCAUGAUGGCAGCUGCAGCCAUGAUCUGGGCGGCUGUCACUCAGUACUACGUUUACAAGACAUCCCCUUGCGGAUUCUAUGCAAACGAUCCUACUUGCGAUCCUUCGCCGCUUAACGUCUGGAUCCAGUCCGGCUCAUAUGUCUUAGUUGCUUUCUCCGAAAUUUUCGCUUCUAUCACCGGUCUGGAGUACGCCUUCACAAAAGCGCCGAAGAGCAUGAGGUCUCUGGUCAUGUCCGUCUUCCUGUUCAUGUCGGCCAUCUCCUCUGCUCUGAACGAAGCACUCAAUCCGCUUGCGGGCGACCCUCUGCUGAUAUGGAACUACGGAGUUGCUGCUGUCAUCUCCUUCGUAGCUGGCGUGGUAUUCUGGUUUUGUUUCUACAGUCUUGAUAAGGAGGAGGAUGCAUUGAACAGGAUUGGUAAUGCGCCGCCUAGAAAAGGGGACGAGAAACUGCCCUUGCCCGAACAGCAAGGUGGUGUCUAAAGGAAUCAAUGAGUAUCUACGAAAGAAUAUGAUAUCGCUGUACUUUUUU